AGUCAAAAGGGCGAGUUUUCAAACCACAGGGAGCUUUGAUGGUGUUGCCAUGCAUAGGAUCCGAAACCCAUGUCACAAUAUGCCCUGCCCGACGAACGGACCUGAUCAAAUGAGGAAGUUUCACCCUCAUGUUCUCGGCCCCCAUUCUCGUGAUGAUCGUUAUCCUUCCUGGUUUGUUCUGUCUGGUUCUCUCACCGACCCAGAGAAAAUGGGCCGAGCAGUCAUAGUGAAGGCCCGAGGUGGAGUCGAGACGUGUGAGGGAUUGCUCGUAAGGCAAGAGCAAGCACUCGUGAGACGUCCAGAAUUCAGUGGUUUUCAUUACGGGAUGGUCCAUUGUGAACCCGGCCGCUUGCAUGAAACC